AUGUCUUUCCCAAGAGUUUUAUUAACAGUUGGUUUCAUUUCAUUAUUCCAUUCUGCAUUUUCAGCAGCUCAGCAUCGUUCAUAUCUUCGUAUUACAUCGCAGGAGUUUACAACUUUACCUUUAGAUAUAGUCAUACAAGCAGUUGGGAGCCUAUUUGCAGUAAUGUGGGGUGUUAUGUGUAUUGCUGGAAACUUAAGAGAAAUACAGGCAGCUGCUGAAUUAAACAACUCAACCUGGGAAACACAAAUGAAUCUACCUUCAUUCUACAUAUUUAACCAUAGACAGAAGGCGUUGAGCUCAGAAUAUGUACAAAGUUCAGGGAAAGGAGACUUGGAGAAUCCUGAAUAA